ACUGGAAAGGAUAAAAACCGUUAGAUUACAGACGCUCAAAAGCAGCUGAUUAAAGUUCAACAAACUCUAAGUUUACAGAGCAAAACAAUUGCAUUUAGUAAUGUUUCGAAUUCACUGCAAUAAGUGCUUUCGACGCCGCAACGUUGAGCCAACGGUGAUCUUCCACAUGACUCAGUGCCAGCACGUCAUUUGUGCCUCCUGUCUGAGCGAAUCCUCGCCAGAAAAAAAGUGCCCAGUGUGCAAGCGAGAUCUGCGAGCUCUUCCGAUAGACAGGAAUUUGCCUCCCAACGUGGCCAACUACUUCGAGGAUCCGCUUCGAUUCCGGCAGCUCUACCGCAAGGUCAGCAAGUUCCAGGCAGACCAACGGGCAUCGGACAACCUGGGAUUCUAUCGCCAGAUGCAGGCGCACGAGAAGAACGAGCGCCGCCUGAAGGGCUUCUGCAAGAUGGAGGCGCAGUUCAACCAGCAGAUCCAAAAGGAGAAGGAACGGAUCGCCGAGCUACGCGCCUACAUAAAGUACCACGAGGAGGAAGGCCUCAAGAAGCAGCCAGAUGUCUCCGGAGUUGAGAAGCCCUGGAGCUACAUGGCACGUCACCUCCGCCCACGGACACCCUCUAUAAGCACAUCGGAUAAUACCCAGUCGGAUGAGCACAUGAAGACCUUCUGUCUGGACUCGGACAUGGAUUGCCUUGCGGAAGUCGAAUCCAACCGAUCCGACAAAAAAACCUUUGACGGGCUUAUCAAAGAUUUUAAAAUUUAAUCGCAUCUUCCACAA